UUUCCCUUGUGUUAUCAAUGUGUUUCUUUGUUUAAGGCCCACAUUUCCUGGAGUUUUUGACAUGGAAAGUUACUGAGGAUUGUGAACUUCAUUUCUCAUGCAAGGUCACCAAUAUGAAGAAGGAAACCAGUCUGAAAUGGUUCAAAGAUGGAGUGGAGGUUACAGGCGUUGAGUACAACCCACAGACAGGAAUCAGCACGUUAGUGGUAACCCAGGUAACAAAGAAAGAAGAGGGCAUUUACAAAGUAGUGUUGUGUGAUGAAAGAGGAGAAGAUACCAGUGUCAUUGAGUUAGUGGAUGAAGAUUAUGAAAAAGUUCUUAGGGACCUUUCAAGAGCAUGUGCUCUGUCUGCAAGCCCUUUGAAAAUCCAGUGCACCGUGCUAGGGUUCAAGCUGUACUGCUCGUUGAAAUACUAUUUGGAUUACAUGAAAACCAGCUGGCAUUUCAAAGAGAAGAGGAUUGAUGGGGAAGAGAGAACAAAGAUUGGGAGCAGCAUACAAAAGGUGUGGAUCGAGAUCUUUAGCCCCACUGAGGCUAACAAGGGCAAAUACACUCUGGAGAUGUUUGAUGGCAGAGAGACGCACAAACGAACCCUUGACUUGUCUGGACAAGCUUUUGAUGAUGCCCUAAUUGAAUAUCAGAGACUCAGGCAAGCAGAUAUCGCUGAUAAAAAUCGUGCAAGGGUGACUAAGGGUUUGCCCGAUGUGGUGGCUAUUAUGGAAGAUAAGUCCCUGUGUCUCACCUGCUUCACCUCUGGAGAUCCCUCCCCGGAGGUGUUUUGGCUGAAGAAUGACAGGGAAAUCGUCACGGGAGGCCAGUACAAUAUCACAAAGGACAAUGUUGGCAGCACCAUCACCAUCAACGCAGUGACCACAGAAGACUCUGGCAAAUACAGCGUCUUCGCCCGAAACAAACACGGCUCUGAAACCGUGUCGGUCACUGUCAGUGUGUACAGGCAUGGGGAGACACCCAAAGAAGGAGAAGUACUUCUAUAGACAAAAUAAAUAAAAAAAUGGAACUCAAGCAGGCUGAUGUUAUGACCAGCAGCAUUGUUACUUACACUAAAGCAGCGGAUUGCGGUGCUGGACAAAACUAAUUAUUAAUAUAACCACCCAUUUCACUAAACUUAGUCAACAAAAAAUGCACAAAAGCCAGAUCUAAAUAAUGAUCUCCAUUUGAUCUUACCAGUUAAAGCUAGAGCCAUGAGCAGCUAUAAGGAAUGCAUUGUUUAAAAGUGUCAGUCUGUGUAGUUUUUUUUUUUUUUUAAUAUUAAGAACAGAUUACUGGUAGUUGACGUUUGCAUGCAUUUGUGUUCAGAAUUCAAUUAGUAACUAUAUUGUCGAUUGUUAAACUGAAAAGGCCUUGCUGUCACAGCUGUAUUGCACUCAAUCUGAAUUUGGAAAUCUUGCAGUCUGUCUUUUCAUCAAUGUAAUCUAUGCAUUGUUCCCUCUGUUAAAGCCUGUUAACGUUGUUGUGAACCUAAGACUGGAUCAAUUGCUGUCGACCUUGCUUACUGCUGUUUAUUUGGUCAUCAUGCAGAAGCCAUUGUUAUACACAUACAAAUAAAGCUGGUGUCUUUCAAAUCAA